AUGGCACCGUCUGCCUUCGUAUCUCCAGCUAAGAGGAGAAAAUUGACAUCCUCGAGCCCUUCUAAACAAGCGGGUCCAACUGGCUCGGCUCAACCCUCCCUUCUCUCCUUCUUCGGCAACGGUCGUCCCACAGCAUCUUCACCAAUCUCUUCCGAUACGUUACAGUAUACAAAAUUAGAGCUCAACCAGCAACAAGCCCACGUUCAGAGCCAGUUAAAGACGCAGCGCACAGCCGAUUGCCCCAUCUGUAGUCGAAAAGUCCCUUUCAAUACCGUGGAGGCUCAUGUCAACACCUGCCUCGAUGCUGCAGAGACUGUCACCUCAGAACCGCAGAUCUUGAGGGAUCAAGUCAAUGUAAAUCCAAUAUCACCUGUCGAUCAACCCUCGCCUGUGCGGUCAUGCUCGCCUGCGCUGCCUGCUGGCACCUCCACGCCUCCAACAGUCAGUUCAGCCGUAGCACCAAGGCAGACGGCCAAGCUCACCUCCAUUUCCGAGCUGGCUUCCACUCUUGAUGCAACUAUAGCUCCAACCAAUGCACAGUAUCCAAGCUCAAGCGUCUCGACAACUCUAGUAUCGCCCACGCAAGCCGGGAGUUCGUUGGUCUCUUCGGCAAAGCGGGUAGCCUCAUCCGCCUUUACAGUGCUUAUGAAGUCACACUCAGAAUCAAAACAAUGGGCAACAGCAGACGCAGUAGAAGCUGCCAACUACCGUGGAAAAGCAAGAUCUCGUCCAGAAGCUCGCACAGCCCCCUUCUAUAAGGCACUCGAGGGUAUGCCUCUCACUGUGGACGCAUUUCGCUUUGGCAAGAUCGAAGGCUGCCGCGGCUACUUUCUCACACACUUCCACAGCGACCACUACGGUGGAAUGACUGCCAAUUGGAACCACGGACCCAUCUACUGCAGUGUCACUACGGCCAACCUCUGCCGCACUCAUCUUGGUGUCGACCCUCAGUGGCUCAGACCGCUACCGAUGGAAGUGGCGGUUCCGGUUCCGGAUAGCGGAGGCGUCAUGGUAACCUGCAUCGAGGCCAAUCACUGCCCAGGCUCGUGUCUUUUUCUCUUCGAAGGCCCACAGACAUCGCAACUGCUCUCACGCAAUCAUGCUAGCCCCUACAUUGGUACGGGGCGGAUCUUCCGUUAUCUACACUGUGGAGACUUUCGUGCAAGCCCAGCUCACACGAAUCAUCCGUCCGUCGCGGGUAAGAAGUUAGACAUCAUCUACCUCGAUACUACUUACUGCAACCCAAGAUACUGUUUCCCGGCUCAAGAUCAGGUCAUUGAAGCCUGCGCUGAACUCGUACGGCGCAUCGUACCCGAAGCGCAGCUACGGGCAAAUCACGCUGCCAUCGAGCACGACAAGGAAGCUGGAGAGCAAGAGGACUGGACACAAGCACAACUACGCAAGACCAGAAGUAGCAUCGAUACAAAUAGCGCAGCUGCCAAUGCUUUCAAGGGAUGGUUCAAUACCAAGGUCGAGAAUUCUGACGGCACGUUAUCUGCUCUGCGUCCUUCUUCAAUAUCGAGAGACUCUAGCAAUCGAGAUCUGAAGAUUGAGCGCGGAGUGAACGACGUGUCUGUAAAGCAGGAAGAAGUACAAGAAGAAAGGUUUGACUAUGACGAAGAAAACCUUUUCUUGGGAGAGCAAGACGAAGAGGAUCCUGUCGAGGAGGACAGCACGUGCGUAAGUGGUGAAAUUGGCUCGGAAGGUUCGACUCUGCAUCGGGUCAUGCCUGAACGUUCCGAAAAUGCCUUGCUCGACGUGUCGUAUCCAAGCGAGAAGGCCAAUGGCCGAGUCAAAGCCGAAGAAACGGAUUCGUAUGUGCAGGGGAUGCAAGUGCAAGACGAUUCUAGAGCGGAAGUCAAGACAACGACGCCAGACGAUGCCAACGCAUCCAACUGGUUAACCAAGCAUACUGAAUUGUCCCGAGAGGCUGCGUCCUCGAUGCGGCGUCGCGACGGCGGUCGUCUGCUCGUCGUCAUCGGCACGUACACGAUUGGCAAGGAACGCAUUGUCAAAGCCGUUGCUCGCGCCAUGAACUCGAAGAUCUUCUGCAUGGAUUCACGCAAAUAUCGUGUGUACGCGCAAUUGGAAGACCCGGAACUACACUCAAUGCUCACUCGCUCACCAUUGGCCUCGGUGCACGUGACCAAUCUUCACGCGAUCAACGGCGAAGCGCUGCGCGAUGUUGUUGCUGCCCUGCGUACGCACGGGCACGAUUUCACGCACGCAGUCGCCUUCCGUCCCACAGGCUGGACGUACAAACCACCCGCAGGCAUGGACACGGUCUCUCCCAGCCUCGACCGUCUCAUCCAGUGGAACCAAUCGCGUUCAUUCACCUUUCACAAUCUCUUGCCAACAAGAGACAGCACCCCAGAUUACAUGAUCUACGGCGUACCCUAUUCGGAACACUCGAGCUUCUUCGAAUUGACCGCUUUCGCGCUGUCCACUCGCUAUGAUCGCAUCAUCGCCACCGUCAACGUGGGCAGUCCUGCCAGCAGGGCCAAGAUGGCCAAAUGGUUCGAAAAAUGGAUGCUUGAAAAGCGCAGGAGAGAAAAACUUGGGUUGGUACAGCUGGACGCUAGAGCUAGCACGUACUGGUGA